AUGCAUAUCUGGUGUUCUGGAGAGGGAGGGCACACAAAACCAUCAACGACUCACCUGUAUGUCUUUGCUUCGCUGGUCCAAUUUGAUGAACUCACCUCAAAAGGCAAGCCACCUUCCCAGUGGGGAAGCCAAGGCCAAAGGGUGUGGAUCCCUAUCUUGUGUCCUUGUGAUGACGUAUAAUAGCACAUCAUUGCAACGAGGAGUCCCCACAAGUCCCCGUCGCCACUCCGCGUGCUUAGGAUCUCCAAUGUUGAAUGGACACAUACAAAAGGUCAGCGGCUGCCGUGUCGUUCUCUCAGAGACUCCCUGCGCACAUACUCACCGUAACCGUACUAGCACUGCGAUACCCAUACCUACCGCUGCAUACUCAAAUGAUUGAAGUAUAGAAAAUAUGCCGAACACGAAGAACCCUGCCACGCUCAUGAGCGGCCGCUUCCACUCCGACCAAAUCCCCGACCUCUCCGGGCGCGUCGCCAUUGUCACAGGAGGCUCGUCGGGCAUCGGCUACUACGACGCACUCGCGCUCGCACGCGCCAACGCUCGAGUCCUCAUCAUCUCCGCAAACGAAGACAAAGGACAUGGUGCGGAAGCGGAGUCGAACCAAGCGUUGAAAGACGUUAGCUCAACGGGCACCGUCACUUGGUACGGCGUGGACUUUGGCACCUUGAAGGAAGUGGACGCGCUCGCACAGAGACUUGCAAGCGAGCUCGAGAGGCUGGAUAUACUCAUAUGCAACGCGGGCAUUGGGCAGGCUCCGUAUGGUGAGCUGACGAAUGAUGGAUUGGAGAGGCACUUUGAGGUGAACAACCUCGCGCAUUAUGUCUUCGUCCUUCGCCUGCUUCCGCUCAUGAACAAGACCGCACUCACCGCGCAGCCCGCGUCUGUGCGCAUCGUGAUGCAGAGCUCGGAGAUGCAUCGCAUGGCGCCGAGCAGCACCAAGUUCCUCAACAAAGAAGAGAUCAACAAUGUAACAGAAAAGAGCGGCGGACCUCUGUAUGGCCGUACGAAGCUCGGGUUAAUCUGCCUCGCGAGGCAGCUUAUUAAGCGCAAGCUGUCCGACCUUCCGCCCGACCGGUCUAUAGUCGCGAUCGCCGUGCAUCCGGGAACGGUCGACACGGAUCUGCAGAGGACGUGGACUGAGGGCUACGGAAAGCUCGGCAGGGUCAUGGAAACGCUAUCGCGCAAGGUUGGCAAGAGCGCAGAGGAGGGUGCAGAGAACAGUCUGUGGGCUGCAGUCAGUACGGACAUCAAUGAGAGCAACUGGAAGGACUUCCAGGGCAACUACUACUCUGUCCCUUAUGGCAAGUCAGGAAAGGAGACGAAGCAGGCCCAGGAUGAGAACAUCGGCGAUAACUUCUGGAAUCUGUGCGCCAGUCUCACGGAGGAGCUCCUUGGCGAGGAACUUCAAUGA